AAAAAUACAAUCCAUAUGUGUUUAUCAAGAGAGAACUGUAAUUUUUUGGACUUUUCUCUGCAGGCUUAUUGGACAGGUCCUGAUAGAAUCCGACAGCAGGGAUCCUGCGGAGGUACUGGGGACAAGCGAGAUAUUGAGAGCAUUAGCGUUGCCCGUGAAGGAUGAAUUUGACAAAGUAAUAGAACUGAUACUUGAAGUACUCAGUUAUUCAGAUAUAACACUAGAGUCAAUAUGGUAUUUGCUGCAUACAUUGAUACAUUUCCUGUUAAAUUUCUUCGACACUCAGUUCCCAGAAUUACUCAGAAAGAACCAGACGUUGGGAGAGUUAGAGUUGUUGUCCAAAAACCCAGAUGACAAAGCAGUGAAAUUGUUUCUUGGGGGGCUCAAAGAUUUCGAUUGUAAAAUAGAGUUGAUAGUGCUUACUAUACAGUUUCUGAGUACAUCUUGCAUUAAGCAUCUUGCAGAACUUCUCAAGAAAAAACGGAGAUUUAGAGACUUAGAUUCAUUGGUGAACAAAACUGUUGACAAAGUAUUAGAACUGCUCCUUGAGGAAUUCAAAGACCCAGAAUACACAAAAGAGGCAGCAUGGGAUGUUGGAUACUUCCCGAAUGAAUGCUGCAGCAAUUUACUUGAACUAGUUAGGGAAAAUCAUGGAUUUAGAGAAGUGCAAAAGUUACUGAAGAAUGCAAUUGCCAAAUUCAUAGAACUGCUGUUUGAGGUGUUCAAAGAUCCAGAAUGUACAAAAGAAAGAGUACAGAAUGUUGGACAAUUCCUGAAUGAAUUCUGCAGUGUUUUACAUAAGGGAUUCAGCAAACAUCAGGAACGGAAUGAAAUGGAGUUAUUCCUGAACAGCAUAAAUGACCAAACAAUGAAAUUACUGUGUGAGGGGCUCAAAGAUCCAGAAUGUAAAAUAGAGACCCUACGACUUCUUGGAAAAAUCCCAAAUGAAUAUUGCAGCAGGCUUUUUGUAGAGGUACUGAAGAAAAACCAGAGAUUGAGAGUGUUAAUGUUGUCCCUCAAGAAUUCAGAUGACACAGCAAUGGAACAGCUGUAUGAUGGACUCAAACAUUCAGAAUGUACAAUUGAGUCACUACAGCUUUUUGGGGGGAUCCUAACUGAUUCCUGCAGGAGGCAUCUUGGAGAAGUAUUCAGGAAAAACCCAACGUGCAAAGAGUUAAAGCUGUCCUUCAAGAAUCUAGAUGAAAAAACAAUGGUGGUACUGUGUGAUGGGCUCAAAGAUCCAGAAAGUACAAUAGAGAUGCUACAACUUGAUGGAGAGAUCCUGAGUGAAUCUUGCAGCAGGCAACUUGUAGUAGUAGCCAGGAAAAACCAGAGAAUGAAUGUGUUGUGCUUGUCCUUCAAGAACCCAGAUAACAAAACAAUGGAGGUGCUGUGUGAUGCUCUCAAACAUUCAGAAUGUACAAUAAAGUCACUUCAGCUUGCUGGAGACAUCCUGACUGAAUCCUGCAUCAGACAUCUUGCAGAAGUAUUCUGGAAAAACCAGAGAUUGAGAGAGUUAAAGCUGUCCCUCCAGAAUCCAGAUGACAAAAUAUUGGAACUGCUGUGUGACAGCCUCAAACAUCCAGAAUGUAAAAUAGAGACACUACUGCUUGAUGGAGAGUUCUUGACUGAAUCUUGCAGCAGGUAUCUUGCAGAGGUACUCAGGAAAAACCAAAGAUUGAGAAAGUUAGAACUGUCCAUCAAGAAUCCAGAUGACAAAACAAUGAAACUGUUGUGUGAAGGGUUCAAAGAUCCACAGUGUAAAUUGGAGACCCUACAGUUGAAUGGAAAAUGUAUUCUACAGAAUGGAAAAUGGAUGGAUGCAAACCAUACAAUCUUCCUUGUGAAUUUCUUCUGCUUUUUCAUGCUUGCUUGUUUGAUCUAUUUUUAUUUCCGUUAAGAAUAUGGUUAAUAAGAUUUGGAAUUUAAUAUAUUUCAAGUGAAGGUCUGAAGAACUUGCUUUCAACAACUAUAAUCUGAACUAAGGACUUUUCUCUCUUUGCAGCUAAAAAAUGCCACGCCAGAAAGAUAAAAGUUAGCCCACAAACUUGUUCAUGGAAAUAUGGAAAAUAAAUUAUAAUACUUCUUUUA